AGUAGCAGCGACGGAAACCGGUGGGUGGGAGUGUUGCAGGGUGAUUAUGCCGGGUGUGUGAGCAUUUUCAUGCAGCUUGAAUGUCUGCGGGUAGUUUGCGGAGACUCGCACGGUGGACGCGGUGCUUCUGCUCCUCCCGCAGCCACCCGCAGCUCCCACUCGCUGCCUGGCUCCGGCCGCUCAGCAUGUCACUCAGCCCGGCCCGGGAGCACAAGACCACGGGCGGCAGGAGGGAGAAGCCGCCCAAGGAUAUCCUGCGCCACAUCAAGUCCAGGGAGAAGAGGAGACAUGGGGACGUGCAUGGACCUUCCACCGUCUACCUGCAGGUUGUGGCGACUGGGAGCAGGGAAAAUGGGGCUUCGCUCUAUGUCUUCUCGGAAUACAACAGAUAUCUCUUCAACUGUGGUGAAGGCACGCAGAGACUGAUGCAGGAACACAAGCUAAAGGUUUCUCGUCUUGACAAUAUUUUUGUGACCAGGAUGAGUUGGAGCAAUGUUGGAGGAUUAUCUGGUAUGAUUCUAACGUUGAAGGAUACCGGUGUUCCCAAAUGUGUGUUUUCUGGACCACCACAGUUUGAGAAAUACUUAGCUGCAAUAAGGACGUUCUCUGGCCCGCUGAAAGGAAUAGAUUUAGCUGUACGGCCUUACACAGAGCCCCAUUAUGUUGAUGAUACUAUGACAGUGCAUCAGGUGCCCAUAUUUGCCAAAUUGGACUCCCAAGCUAGUCCAGGUGGGUCACCUGACCGAUCCCAUUUACCAAAAUCUGCAAAAUGGCAACGGGAAGAUUCUGAGGAUCACCAAGAAGAAAAGCAAAAUGAAAAGUCAGAAAGAAGCCCGAAAACAUCAACUAGAGAUCCUUCUCUGGUAGUGGCUUUUGUUUGCAAGCUUCAUCCUAAAAAAGGAAACUUCCUUGUUAUGAAGGCAAAGGAGCUUGGUCUACCAGUAGGCACCUCUGCCAUUGGUCCCAUUGUUGCUGCCUUGAAAGCAGGAAACAGCGUAGUGUUUGAAGGAAAGGAGAUCCGGCCUGAAGAUGUUUGCACGCCUGCUGAUCCGGGACCCAUUUUCCUUGUGCUGGAGUGUCCCAGUAAGGAGUUUAUUCAUCCUGUGUGUGAGAAUGAACAGCUUCAAAAGUAUCAGGCUGGAGGAAGUGAAGGCCCCACUGCAUUAGUUGUCCACAUGGUGCCUGAGUCGGUUUUGGCAGAUAAUGUUUAUAAAUCAUGGAUGGCAAGGUUUGGGCCUACCACAGAGCACCUAAUCCUCAAUGAAAAUAAUCAAACAGUUCAUAAUCUGCGCAGCCAUAAGAUCCAGACGCAGCUAAACCUUAUUCAUUCUGAGAUCUUCCCCCUGUUGAAAACCUUUCAGACCAAGGACCAGCCAGUGCCUCUCUCUCUACCUACUGUUCAAGGUCAUUGCCUGCUGAAGUAUCAACUAAGGCCCAAGUUUGAAUGGCAAAGGGAUGCUGUAGUUGAAGCUGACACCGAGGAAUUUAUUAAAGAAGCCAUGGAAAUCCCAGGCUUCACGCAGCAGGUUGAAGAAUGUAAGCGAGUAUUAGCUGCAAACUCUGCACUUCCAUCAGGGAAUGUGGACAAAUAUCCAGAGGUGGUUUUCCUUGGAACUGGUUCUGCAAUCCCAAUGAAGAUCCGAAAUGUUAGCUCCAUCAUUCUAAAUAUAGACACUACACGGUCUAUAUUAUUGGAUUGUGGUGAAGGCACCUUCGGACAACUCUGUCGCCACUACGGAAAUGAUGUGGACAGGGUCCUCUGUAAUUUGUCAACCAUCUUUGUGUCCCACAUGCAUGCUGAUCAUCACACGGGCUUGUUAAAUAUAUUGUUGGAACGAGAAAAGGCUAUGGCUGCCCUGGGUGAGGCCUUUAGCCCAGUUAUACUUGUGGGCCCAUCUCAGAUCAUGAACUGGUUGAAACAGUACCACGAUCAUUGCCAGGAGAUCCUGCGCCAUAUCAAUCUUAUCCCUGCAUGGCAUCUUGUGGAAGGUGCUGAAGUUACCAAGUUCAACACUCAAGGCUUGAUCCGCUCUUUGUUAAAGAACCUUGAACUGGAAAAGUUUCAGACCUGUGUUGUGCGUCACUGCAGAAAUGCCUUCGCCUGCAUCCUACAGCACAAAUCGGGAUGGAAAAUUGUGUACUCAGGAGAUACCAUGCCAUGUCCAAACCUCAUUCAGACGGGGCAAAAUGCGAAUCUGCUGAUUCAUGAGGCCACGCUGGAAGACGGACUUGAGGAAGAAGCUGUUGAGAAAACGCACAGCACAACUUCUCAAGCCAUUGAUGUGGGUAUGAAGAUGAAUGCAGAAUUCAUAAUGUUAAAUCAUUUCAGCCAGAGAUAUGCCAAGAUCCCACUGUUCAUGUGCUGACUUCAAUGAAAAAGUUGGAAUAGCUUUCGACCAUAUGAGGGUUCGGUUUGGGUGAUUUUAAGGGUAGUGCCAAAACUCAUUCCGUCCCUGAAGACCCUUUUUGCGGAUGAGAUUGAAGAGAUGGAGGAGCGCCGUGAGAAGCGAGAACUUCGACAGUUGAAGGAAAAUCCAGGGCUCUUUGAGCACAAAUGGACCUGCGGCCCAAGAACUAUCAUCAGUUCCAAGGGUCAGUGAGACAGCUGGCAAAAUGAAACGGGAGCUGGAAGGGUAUGAUCAAGAUUUGGACCACAAAAGAAGCAAACUAAUUUGAGAUGCUGCUGAUAGUGAAAUCACUAUUAGAAAGUCCUGCUUUAUUACCCUGGAGUGGUAAUAUGUGGAGAAAGCCAAUCCUCUGUAUUUGAUAAAAUAUUGGAAUUGGUUUUAUUUUGUUGUAUAGAUGAGACUAUUGUACAGAGUUUUUUUGAACCAGGCUGAAAUGUGUGGUUUGAAGUAAAUUGGAUUAUAUUUGUUUUAUAUUUUGUUUUUAUUUAAAACUUUAUCCUACACACCUAUGCACUGGGAUGCCACUUACUCAGACUUUAUCCCCUACUUCCCCCUUUUCCUUUGGGUGGUGGAUCUUUCCAGCCUUCAAAUAAAGACAUGGAACACAUCCUUUCUUCAGUCUGCUCUAAAUGUGAAGGACAAUAAUUAAAUUUGUAUGGGGAAUAUCGUGAUUAUAAAGCAUGUACCGGGUCAUAGUUUAAAGUCUGCUUUUUAUUUAUAAUGGAGUACCUUUUAUUUUUCAAUCAUGUUUUUGGGUUUCACCUCAUUAAAUAGAUUACCCCAAAGGUGCUGCUAUCUCUACUCCUUCCCACUUUGGUCAGCCCCACACAUCUGCCGUUGCUAUGCUGACCCUAUUAGCUGUAACACAGCACAGGAUUAGUUCACCAUCUGCCCUUUUGGAAAUUUUUGAGCCACAUUAAAUAAUGAUUCCAGCUGAGAUUAGGAACUUGCAUGUUUUGAUGGGACUAGAAACCCGCAAAGAGAAAAGACCAUGCCUUGCUUCAUAAUUCAGAUGGUGUACAGCAAUUGCCAUGUUACAAAGUGAUUAUUUGCAUCUGUGAAUGGAUCAAUAAAAGUCUUCAUCACAAGAACAUAUGCUGAUAACCAUAACCCUUUCCUCAUUAAUGAUUGUACUGAAUACUUAAUUUAUUUUGAAUGUGGAGUUCAAUCUGUUGAAUAAUAAACUUACUGGAGAUUUUGAGGCUGUGGGAUAUUGUACUAGAAUGCCUACUCAGUGAAAGUUAUUUCCCCCUGCCAGCAUUUCUUGCAGGAAUGUGAAAGGAAACCUUGGAAAUUCUAUCAUGUUCAUUUUAGUGCUGAAAAGAUUUAUUUUAAUUCCACUUUUAUCUUUGUUCAUAUAUAAAUAUUUCUGGACAGGGCACUGUUUCACCCUUGUGAUGAGAAGCUGUUGGGACAUGAUCCAAAGAAUUUUGAUUAAUCUGUUAACUAAACUAGUGAGUGCCACCUUGAAUAGGACUCAGUGUGGGAUGCAUUAAAAACGGAGAGUGUGAGGGAGCUGAAGUAAUGACCUUCUGUUUUAUUGAUAUGACAUCAUAUGAAGUAACCCAAAAAUAUAUACAUGAAUAAUGGAAAUUAUAGAUGUAUGUGGGACCUUGUGGGGAAGGUUUUUUUAAAUUGGGAGCUACAGAGGAGUCUAGAAAUCAGGAUUUUCAGUGGAUUUGCUUGGUUCAACAGCUUGUGUCCAGUAAUGUUUCUGGCACUCUUCAUUUAGACAUAAAGAGCAUUUGAAUGUAACAAAGAAAACUAGCUAGACAAAACAAUGUCAUGGCAGUUCUUCCUAAAAGUGGGUAAACUCAUUUAGUAAAUCUAUUGAAUUGCUGUGUCCUGUAGAGGAAUGGCUUCUGAAUCAAAUUUCAGUGAAUAUCUGUGUUAUGUUAAUUAAAAAUGUAUCUCAAACCAUUUUAGAUUUACU